CUAAAGACUGGUGUCCUGUAUGUUAAUGAGAGAAUAGAUCGAGAGGAACUCUGCGGCAACGAACAGAAAUGUUCCCUCAGUGUAGAAGCAGUGAUUAAUAACCCUUUAAAACUGUACCGGAUCGAAAUUGUCAUCUUAGACGUGAAUGAUAAUUUCCCGUCAUUUCUCAGCCAGUCACAGAUAUUCAACAUUACAGAGAGCACAGCAGCAGGAGCUAGAUUUCAUCUUCAUCCUGCUGACGAUGCAGACGUCGGAAAAAAUACUGUUAACAGCUACAAGCUGAGCCAAAAUGAACACUUCUCUCUCGUUACACAUAAAGGAGAGAGUAUAUCUCCAGAGUUACAGCUUCAGAAAGUUUUAGACAGAGAAAAACAGUCUGUGAUCCGACUCACACUGACUGCUAUUGAUGGAGGAACUCCUGCUAAAUCUGGUACGAUGAUUAUUAUAAUCAAUGUGUUGGACAGUAAUGAUAAUGCUCCUGUAUUUAGUCAGACUCUGUAUAAAGCCAGAGUGUAUGAGAACGCCAAGAUUGGAACAUCAAUAAUAACGUUAAAUGCUACUGAUUUAGAUGCAGGUCAAAAUGGACAAGUGUUAUAUUCGCUCAACAAAGUAGGCCGAGGGAAAGAAACGGAUCUGUUUGCUAUAGAUGAAAAAACUGGAACUGUAACAAAUAAAAAGAAUAUCGACUUUGAAGAAAAUAAUGCUUUUGAGAUUCGAGUACAAGCCAGUGAUGGAGCUUCUUCUCCUCUCACCUCAAAUGCCAAAUUAUUGAUUGAAGUUUUAGACGUCAAUGAUAAUGCCCCUGAAAUAUCUGUUACGUCAUUGUUAAACACCGUAAAAGAAAAUGCGUCCAUUGGCACCGCCAUUGCACUAGUUUCAGUUUCCGAUAAGGACGGGGGUAAAAAUGCGAUGGUCAACUGUAAAAUCUCCAAUAAUGUCCCUUUUAAAUUGGAUUCAAAUUAUAAGAAUUACUACUCGUUGGUGGUGGACGGUCCUCUGGACAGAGAGAGCUCAGCUGAAUACAACAUCAGCAUCACUGCUACUGAUGAGGGCAGCCCACCUCUCUCCAGCACGAGCGUCAUUAAUGUCCACGUCUCAGAUGUGAAUGAUAACAAACCUCUAUUCACAGAAAACAUAAUCAAUGUCUAUGUGAAAGAAAACAGUCCAGUAGGAGCAGUUUUAAAAACUGUUUCAGCAAUUGAUGCUGACAUCGAUCAGAAUGGUCAGGUGAGCUAUUCAGUUUUACAAAGUAACAGUAACUCACUGCCGUUAUCUACAAUGGUGAACAUCAACUCAGAGACUGGAGAUAUAGUCAGUCUGCAGUCUUUUAACUAUGAGGAGCUGAAAACGUUUCAGUUUAAAGUUCAGGCCACAGACUCUGGUGUUCCUCCGCUCAGCAGCAACGUGACUGUCAACGUUUUAAUCCUGGAUGAAAAUGACAAUAAUCCAACAAUUCUCGCGCCAUAUUCUGAGCACGGCUCCGUUAACAGUGAGCAUCCCUAUUCUGCUGAAGCGGGAUACUUUGUGGCAAAGAUCAGGGCUGUAGACGCAGACUCUGGAUACAAUGCGCUGCUCUCUUAUCACCUCUCUGAGCCCAAAGGAAACAACCUCUUCCGCAUCGGAACCAGCACCGGAGAAAUCAGGACUAAGAGGAGAAUGAGUGACAAUGACCUGAAAACUCACCCCUUGCUGGUGUUGGUGUCUGAUAACGGAGAACCCUCCCUGUCAGCUACUGUGUCUAUUGAGGUGGUGGUGGUUGAGAGCACAGCUGACAUCCAGACUCAGUUCAGACAUGUGCCCAUCAAGGAGGACAGCUUCUCUGCGCUGAACCUCUAUCUGCUGAUCGCCAUUGUGUCGGUGUCAGUCAUCUUUCUGCUCAGCCUCAUCAGUUUAAUAGCUGUCAAAUGCCACAGGACAGACGGCACUUUCAGCAGGUACAGCGCCCCAAUGAUCACCACCCACCCUGACGGGAGCUGGUCUUACUCCAAAGCUACUCAGCAGUAUGACGUGUGUUUCAGCUCAGACACACUCAAGAGUGACGUAGUGGUUUUCCCCGCACCGUUUCCGCCUGUAGAUGCGGAGCUGAUCAGUAUUAAUGGAGGAGACACUUUUACCAGAACUCAGACUUUACCCAACAAAGAAAAGUUCGCUUAA